GGCAACCGCAGGGGGCAUCGGGAUUGAUAGGGAUGUUUCCAACAUGGCGGCGUACAUUUCAGGCUAUACUUUUAGUUCUGUGUGUUAUCACAGCGCCAACAGCAACUCAGAUCACGAGGGCUUCCUGUUUGGAGAAGUAAGGCAAGAAGAGACUGUCAGCAUCAGUGACGCACAGAUAAGCAGUUCAGAACUGCUCCAGGUCGUAGAAAUCCAUAAUCAUGACCCGUGUGCACAGUUGUUUAGCUUUUAUGACUAUGCAGGCAAAGUCAGUGAAGAAAAUCUCAACAGCAUUCUCAAAGAUAGACGGAAAAACAUCAUUGGUUGGUACCGGUUCAGGCGGAACUCACAGCAACAGAUGUCGUUCAGGGAACAGAUCAUCCACAAACAGCUGAUUCAGCUGCUCGGUGUGCCCGACCUCGUCUUCCUUCUUUUCAGCUUCAUCUCCACCGCGAACAGCUCCACACACGCAAUGGAGUAUGUGCUCUUCAAACCCAACCGCAGUAGGUACAACCAGAGGAUCACCCUCACAAUCCCAAACCUUGGCAACACAAGCCAGCAGGAAUACAAAGUCUCCUCAGUGCCCAACACCUCAGUCAGCUAUGCCAAGGUCAUCAAAGAGCAUGGGGCUGAAUUCUUUGACAAAGACGGUGUGAUGAAGGAUAUCCGAACAAUAUUCCAAGUCUACAGCGCACUACAAGAUAAAGUACAGGCCGUGUGUGGUGAAGUAGAACAAAGUGAACGUGUGAAGGAGAAGAUUCAAGACGAUGUAAACAAACUCAAACAACAAAUUGCUCUCAGGAAACGCAAGACGGCAGAAGAGGAGAGGAUGCUUCGUGAAGCCCAGGAUGCAGACUCCCAUUCCACUCCAGAAGAAAACACAGAGCCGUCUGAGGCUUCCCUUUUGUCCAGGAUGGCGUUCCAUACACCCUCUGCUCCUGAGCGACCCAGUACCUCACCUAACCCACCGCCGUAUGCUGACCUCUUGACACAGGACGACUCUUUGCCCUCCUCUUCCUCCCCACCCACCAGUGCUGCUCUGCUGCCUCGGCCACAGGCUGUGGGCUCACCCGGGCACCCGACGCCUGGCCCUCUGGGAAUGGUUCUGGGCCUUGGUCUGGGCCUCGGCGCCAGCUCCAAUCCCAUCUCCACUCCCAGCACCCCGUACCUCGGUAAUGGUGACGGCUCGAGCUCUGACUCAUUAGACAGACAAGCAGCAGGGCAGGAGGACGAUGCAGAUGACGAUGACGAAGAUGAAGACAGUAGCGAGUAUGAGAACUUAGUGAGUGAAGCAGCUCACCUGCCAAUGGUCACUGCCAGCGUUUUAGCUCAAGGCCGACCAGCUGCCCUCAGUCCCGACGGGGACGCCCGUGGCUCACAGACGACAUAGAGGCUUUGUCACAGGGUGUGGCAGGGACACAGUGAUGCACCUUGAGAGGUGGGCAUCUCAAGCAAUCAAAGAUAAUACAAAUAUAGACAAAAAGAAGUGCCAGUCCUGGAAGUGAAAGGCAUGUGCAGGUGGUUUCCCGCUGUGUGUAAUUGUUCUUGUCUUAGUCUGAUCUCCAGUUUAUGGAGAAACCUUGCCAGGCUUUUGUAGGCUUAACAGGUGUGUCUCACCGGGGGGGAAAAAAUCAUGUUUUCAUCAUUUUCUUUUUUGAAUGAGGGUUUGUCUGUGUCCUUCCGUGUGGAUUGUCUGAUUCAGGGUCAUAAAUGGUUAUGACAACACAAUGUAUGCCAACUGGUUGGCAAAUCGGCUCCCUGUAACACAGAGCCUGCUCCACUUUAGCUGUUUCUUUAUGUUUUGCAUCACCCACUCUGAGCAUCCACUCUUGCAUUUUUACCUCUUGCACUAUUUUUUGCCACCUUUAAAACAAACCUUCCAAGAAAAGCAAUGGGAAAGUAUUCUCCAGCCUUUGUGUUAUUUUAUUUUAUUUUACUAAAUUAAAUUGUCAGAUGGUUCACUUUUUAUUUUAUGAUGCAAAGAAAGAAAUAUAUAUUUGACUUUAUUUUGGAAUUACGUUUUGUUUAGAACUUUCUUUUCUUCAGUCUAAACAUACAGUUGCCUGUUUAAAUUAUGAAAUUAAUAGAUUUCAAACAAUUGUCACUUCUGUAAUCGGUGCUACAUAUUAUUAACACUUAAUUGAAUUCAGUUGACAAGAAUAUCAUUGUUUAGUUUUUCUUGGACAGCACUGAAAUUGUAUGCGCUUUGCUGCUCUGAACAAAAAUGUAAGAUUUCUUUAUAAUUUUUGUUGCUAUACCAAUGCUGUCAUGUUGUGCCACUUGACUUAGUCCUCAUUGACCACGCUGAGCCAAACUCAGCUCAGCUUGUGUGCGUUGUACAGGGCAAACAAAAAUGUACUAUAGCUUUACUAACCAGAUGCUUAGGUUCCCUUCUUCUUCUUCUGCUGCCGCUGCUGCAACAAUACGAGCUACCACUAAAAGAAUAGCUGCAUCCUUCUGAUGUUCGUACAAAAACCUGGCUGCUACUUUCACUUCAGAGUGCUGGUUGUCUCUAAUACUACUGACCGUUAUCAUCAUGACCACUUCAAGCACACUUCUCACAUGUCUUGUUCUCUAUUAAAGUCACAACAAAAAGGCUGACAGUAGCCUGUAGUGUGUCUGUGUGCAUUGUAACUUUGGGAUAACGGAGCAGGCACAGAGCAGCUUCCUGUCUCGGUGUAGUUGACAGCAGACCUCAUGUAUACUGACCUGGUUGGGUUAGUGUUGUGUGUGUGUGUGUGUGGACCUGGAUAAUGUGACAGCGUUAUGACCUUGCUUUGGUACACGGUGCCUUCCACUCAGGGCAGUUUCUGUCUGAAAAGGUAACAGGAACUGUGUUGUGUUUGCAGUAACUGCUUAUGUCUUCCCUCCCUGAAACCAUUUCUCCUGCUUUUUAAACCUACUUUUUAAACCUUUUUUUUUUAAUUUUCACUGAUAGCUUCAAAUUGGACUUGAAUCUCACGGUUGCAGCUGAGUUAUUUGUUACUGGAAUUGUGAGUAAAGUAAGAGGUAAUUUGACUACAUCCAUACUGCUUUGUUUCCAUUUAGAAAUCUCUAAAUUCUGCCCAAAAUCCACCUGCUAUGUUCAUUAUCUUAGCAUGUUUGAGCCCCAAAAACAACAAGUUUUUAAAAAAUCUCUUUCUGUCUGUCUGUUGUAACGUGAAAAUGCCGGGGCUGCCACAGAAAAACACAAAAAAUUGAGAUGCGGGGCCAUGACAACAUCGGUUUCCCAUUAGGGUAAAUUAGCCAGCUCUGUAUGGAUCAAAAGUAGAUAUGAUACAAAACUUUUGAUAAUUCUCCUAAAUUUGCUCUUGUGUAUGUGGGUCUGAUACUAAUACUUUUGAAAAAACAAUGACCCAAUUACUUGCUUUCGCUCCGGGAUUUUUUCAAUAAACCAGCCCGUCUAUUUCUGGUAAGCUGUCAGCCAACGGAGCAGAGAUGUUCUACAGACGGUGUCUGAAGAAGUCACCAAGAGUGUUCAGUGACAAAUUAUAGAAUUUUGCAGAGGUGCUCAGAACGACACAGCAGUGCGACACUAUCUCCUCACUAUGCUUCAAUUUAAACACCAUUUUCAUUUUAAGGCCAUUUCGAAACCCCUCAGGACUAACUACUAAUACAGCUACUAACGGAUGUAAGUAAAUGAGCUGGCUUAUAUUUUAGUGGAAGUAGUACAGUAAGUGGUGCUCCGUGUAUAUAGUCAGUUGUGCAGCAAAUGUCCUCAAAUUUUGUGACCAACUAAGUACAGGGGACAGAAAAUAACUGAAGUGAGGAUUGAUCAAUUGCUGGAUGUUGGAAACAACACCCUCCUUGCAUGAACUGGUCAGUUCCUGUCCAGACACUUUGGUAUUCUGCAUGGACAGAUGUUUGCACCGCAGCUGAGGUGCGUCUAACAUUGUGUGCAUCAGCAUUUUGUUAUGAGAGACUUGAUAGACAGGCUCUGCUUUAUUUACACAGUCUGUUUGUAUGUCAUGCUUUUUUUGUUUUUUGCCUAUAAGGUUUAAUUUCAAUUGCCCUGAUGUGUAAAGCGUCACUGAUUGGGAACUGGCACUCGAUCACGUCACUUAAUAAUAAUCGCAGAGAGAGUAACACAGUCACACCAUGUUAAUGAAAUGACAAAAUCGGUGUGCAAGGAUUUCCUUCGAGUACUGGAAUAUAAUAAUGAAUGUAUAGUAGAUAAGGUGUGGGGGUAGCAUUUAAACAGCACUUACUGUAUAGGCUUGUCUCAGUCGAGUGUUGUGGUAUAAAGCAGCAGUUCUCAGUGACAAUGCUGAGGAUGUCUGGUAUGUGAGAGGAGGACUGCCAUAUCCCUAUCAAGUUCCAGCAUCAUACAAAUAUACACUUGUGCUGAAUGGGGUGACCCUUCCGUUGUUCCGUGCCCCACGUGGACUUGAGCAACAUCAACACCUCCCUGAAGCAUCAAGUCCAGUGCGAGGCUGAGGUCCUCUCAGCUUUCACCUGGAUUUAUAUACUUGAUGAAAGUAGACACGGGACUUUGGUUGGACAAUCUCAAGAGGAUGUGGUUCUAAAACUGGGGGAUAAUAAACGAGACAUGCAUAUGUGGUA